AGGAGGGAGGGUGAGCACACGGAAUGGGGAUGGGAGAAAGCCUUAAAGACUUUCGAAGUGUACGGCUGCUGACCAUGUUCUCUGCGUGGCCAUGGCCGGCUCCCCCAAUCAAGGACUGCAACACGCCAGCGGGACUGGGCCUCCGCGGUGCGCCGCAGCGUUUGCCCCGUCGAACGCUCCAGAGCGCAUGCCCAGAGCGGUGGGCAUUGUCACGUGCGGCCGCCUCGCGCGGAUUGGCCCCCCGCCCGCGAGCUCCGGGGGGAUUGGCUAGAGCGGUCGGGGCGGUGGCGGCGGCACGCGGAGGGAGGCUGCGUCGGUGCGGCGGCUGUGGGGCAGAGAGCAGGCCGCCCAGGCCCGCCCGCAGCUCCUCGGGGAUGGAGGUCCUGGACGAGUUCGACAGCGAGUUGCCCCAGAGUGUGACCUUCUGCCAGCUCAUCUCCGAGGAGGACUUCGAGAGGCAGGCGGCCACCUACACGGAACGCGCGCUGCGCCGCCUCUUCCGCAGCAUCGACCGCAACCCGGCGCUGGCCGAGAGGGUGGUGCGCAAGGGCAAGCUGGCCGAGUACGAGGGGCGCGGGCUCCUCUCCUUCCUCUGGGCAAAGUUCUUCUGUGCAGUUCAGGGGGAGCUGAAUUGUUGCAACAGCAUGGGUGCCCUGGAGAUGCACCAGCGCCUGGAGCAGCUGAAGAGGAGCAUUCACCGCGUGCACCUCUACUCUCAGGAUGCCAAGAAGAAGAGAAGAAAGCCAAAGCCGAAGAAACCAGAACCCAUCCUCUUGCGAGACCGCUCAACCUCCCCAUGCCUGCCACCAGCCCUGCUGCCGCCUCCACCGCUGCUGUCACCUGCCACCACCAUGGCCGCUGUGGUGGCCCCAUCACCCCCUGUCUACACUAUGCCUCGGGUCUUUGGCCCCUUCCCUCCGCUGCCCAGCAAGUCGAUGGAGAAGUUGGAGGUUGCAAGGUCAGAAGUGAAAUUGAACUGGCCUGGCCUGUCAUCGAACCCAAAGAGACACAUGGUUGAUCUGACCCCCUUGGUCCUCAACCCCGGAGGCUUCCAUUUCUCGUACCUGGCUGGAAACAGUGCACACAAGCUCCGUUGCCCUGGCUUCCCCUGGACCUCGGCUUGUAGUGGUCCCCCCAGUACUGAGGAGACAGCACUCCCUCCUGUGAAGGCCUCCAUCUUCACCCCGCCUGUCUUGCUCAAGUUCCAGCCUGUGCCAAGACCCAAAGAUGACUCUGAGAACGACCCUAGCAGCACAGAGUCUGGGACCCCCAAGAGGGGCCCAUAACCUCUUCCCUAUAGACCAUGGCUAAAGGAAUGAAUAAAGUUCUCACGGAGGUGCCUUACUUGUGCUGGGCUCCCUAGAGGCUGUACAAUCCCAUGGACUUCCUCCAGUCGAAAGAGGUGUUCAGGGUAGUGCAAGCCUGAGGCCCCCCUCAGCCUGAGCCUGCAUACAGUAAUUGGUCAGGUCAGUGCUACUGUGAAGUCCCCUUGCUUGCACUCUAACAUGAGAAUUCAGCCAUGGUACUUUUUUUAAAAGAUUUUAUUUAUUU